UGGAGAGGGAUUAGGGUUCUUCACUGAGACGGCUUCGAUCGAUACCAUAUACACUGUUUUGUUUAGUAUGCAAGUACACAUGGUGGAAAAUUUUGCUGAUGAAUUGUUUCAUGUUCUAGGAAGCUUUUUUCCGAAAACAGUUCAAUUCGAUUCUGUUGUACAUCAUCCUAGGACAUAUAUCGAUUGGUUAAAGUUAUCAAAUGUCUCCAAAGCGCAAAGAAUGCCAUUAUACGGACAAGGAAGAAUUUAAACUACCUCCUAGCAGAACAAUAGUUUCAUCUGGAAGCUAUAUCGAUGUAUCAACUUUGAAUGGCUCGUGCUCGAGUUCAGGGUCUAUGGAUGUUGGGUAUGUCUACAAGAGGAUGAGGUUCCAAAGAAACUCACUUGCUCUUCUCCCAGAACCUAAUCAUAUAAAAGAUACAAAACAAGGUUUCGGUUCAAAGUCCUCCAUUAAUUCCGAGGAUAAACUGUUGGAAGUUCCGAAAGCUGAUACUAAAACAUCUCCGGCUGUUGUUCGAAGCACAAGAAAUGCUGAGUCUGUUCAUGAUUCUGGCUUGCACCACUUGAGUUCUAUUGAAGAAUUUGACAUACAUGAUCAAGCAUCCAAUCUAGAUCAUUGUCAUAGUUUAAACGAUAGAUGUUCAUCCUCAAAAUCCAAUGUGGAACUCACAUCUACUUUCUCCAAGAGAGAAACAAUUAAUACCUAUGAGUGUUCAACUUCUGAUAUUCUGGAACCACGAGAAUUUAAAUCAACGAGGGAGCUUUGUAUCCAUGUGCUAAAAAAACACAGGCUUCUGGGAAAUUCUCGUACUAGAAUCAGCCAUUAUGAUAUAGGAAUCAUGUCGAAUGAUAACAGUGAGCUUUCUCAGAAAUGCAAAAUAUGUGGGCUAUUCGAAAACCCACUGAAGAUGCUUAUUUGCGAUGAGUGCAAUGAAGCGCAUCAUCAGUCUUGUUGUGUUCCGAGAUUGAAACAACUUCCAGUCAAUGAAUGGUAUUGCCUUCCUUGUUUCAAGAAGAAGCCAAAACAUCUGAUGAAUAAGUCAUCAAAGGCUGUAGGCAAAAGCUCAAAUCACACAAAUAGAAAGAAUUCUAUAUUGUUCAUGUUGAAGGACCAUAAACCAUAUACCACCGGAGUUCGAAUUGGUAAAGAUUUUCAAGUUGAAGUCACAGACUGGUCUGGACAUACUUCCGACGAAGAUGAUUAUUUCAAUGAGCCUUAUAAAAUGGAUACAGAUGAAUCCGUAAAUUCGAAUGUAUGGAAUGGAAGAGAGAUUCAAUAUCAUUGCAAUAUUGGUAAUUGGGUGCAAUGCAAGGAGGUUAUAUACUCAAAUAGAUGUGACAAGGGCACUAUAUGUGGAAAGUGGCGCAGGGCUCCUCUUUUCACAGUUCAGAGUGAAGAUUGGGACUGCUCUUGUGCUAUUCAAUGGGAUCCAAUUCAUGCAGAUUGUGUUGUGCCUCAGGAACUUGCAACCGAAGAGGUUCUCAAUCAACUAAAAUUUAUAAAACGGGUAUGUGAAAAACAAUCCUUGUUGAAUAAUCAUUAUACUCCGCAAUCUUCUGUGCUCGUAAUGUCUUGCUACUGAAAAAUCCUCACAAUUUCUAGUUCUAUGCUAAAGAUAAGUUUGGCUUAUGAUAUUUGGUUAGAGUUGUAAGUUCAUGUAGGCUGUGUCAACUUGUUCAUGUAAUCACUCUAAGCGAACAUAAUUUGCACCAAUGUGUUGGUUGAGUUGAGUGAUUUAUCGGAGUUGAAAGCCUUCAUGCUCCAUGUUUCUCACUAUGCUCGACGAUUCCAUGCAGUUGAAGGCUCGACUGAGUUCUAAAUCCUAAAGGACUCCAAUCCAACUUGUACGGUAACAAAAUGCUCUCUUGUAGCGCGACUAAAUUACAAUAGUUCGGAGUACUUUUAUGCCCCGAUCUCUUACACCACAUACUCAAUUGUUGUUACACCCGGACACUUCUGUAUUUAUGUAUCUCACAAAAAUUCAAAUAUAGGUUAACUGUGACAUUGUUCAAUGAGAUUGUUCUACUUCUUCGGUCUAACUUUUUUCAAUA